AUGAACCUUCUCGCCGACGAGUUCGAGGUCAUUGAUCCGAAUCCAGAUAUCUGGGCGCUCUUUCUGGAGUACAAUGCGCUCUUCUUUGACGACCUUCUGAACGGCUGCGAGAUCAAGUGGAGCAAGCGCAUGACAUUGUGCGCGGGGCUCUGCAGCUUUCAGCCCAUGUCUGGUUUUUGCUCGAUUCGCCUCAGUGAGCCGCUGCUCAAACUUCGGCCCCGAAGCGAUCUUGUCAACACGCUGCUGCACGAGAUGAUCCACGCGUUCAUUUUCCUCAACAGCCCCGUGCGCGACCACGAAGACCACGGCCCGCAGUUCCAGUUUCACAUGCACCGCAUCAACGCGCUCGCCCAGACCAAGAUCACAGUCUACCACACGUUCAACGACGAAGUCGACUCGUACCGCGUCCAUUGGUGGAAAUGCAAUGGUCCGUGUCAACAUUCGCCGCCGUACUUUGGCCUUGUCAAGCGCUCCAUGAACCGUCCGCCAAGUGCACGGGAUCCGUGGUGGGGGGCCCAUCAAAGCAAGUGCGGUGGCACGUAUACCAAAAUCAAGGAGCCCGACAACUACAAGAAAAAGAAGCAAAACAAGCCCGCCCCCGACACGGCGCAAACAACGAUGGGCUCGUUUUUUAAACCCGAACUCGGCGACGUCAAGCCACCGGUCGUGCCCACCAAGCGUGCCCGUCCCUCUACACCACCAGCACCCAAGCAACCCACAAGUGCGGUGCUGGCUGGGUUCUUUGAUCCCGUCCCGACCAAGAAACUCCGUGCUGAGGCAACAGUCGACACCAUCGACUUGACGCUGAGCGACUGAGGGACGAGAUCGACAGUAGAGUGGCUAAUGACAUGUGACGUUGUCUG